CCGCCUUGUGAAAUUUGUGGCCAAGAUGGUCAAGGAAAUCACUUCGGCGUUAUCAGUUGUAGAGCAUGUGCCGCAUUUUUCAGAAGAGCAGCUGACUCGAAAUGGAGCACAAUGGAAUGUCUGAGCAAACAUUGUGAUGGCAAAGCCUACCACUGCAAACCAUGUCGUCUGAAAAAGUGUCGAGCAGUUGGAAUGAGCACAUCAAACUUCCAACAUGACCGUGACGCUCUUCAACUCGCUACAGUAUCCCGCAAAAGAAAACUACCCCAAACUGUUGAAAUCUGUCUUGGGACUCCACAUUUUGUUCUUUUUUGUCCAAUUGACCCAUCAACUGUAAAACAAGUGCAUACCUAUGUGGGUAUGAGUCUUCUAAUCUCUCAAGCAAUAGAUAUUUUCAAAUUCGGAGCCGUAAAACCGCUGGUUGCAAAAAAUGGACUUUUAAAGUUGAGCUACGCAUACAACUUUCGGAAUAGGGCAGAUGGCGUCAAGAAAUUAACAAAGGUGACACAGAAAGAAGUGACGUCAUUUUGGGAGUAUCACUUUUUGACAACGGCGAAAUGGUUGACACAUUUUGACAAGUUUGAACGGUUGGAUCCAGAUUUGAAGAUGGAAAUCCUCUUUGCGGUCUGGCACAUCUGGGGUAGAUUGGACAAGUUGGUGGCAACUGCGCUCUACCGAAAUAAUAACAAGGAUGCCAAGUCGUCAGAAAGAUUGUUUGGGAAUGGGAUGAUGAUGGACACAGAGAACGUUAAGACUGAUUCACGAUGGAUGAGUCGACUUCCGACGGAGCAGUUAAGAUAUUUCCUUGAUGGAAUUCGUGGUUGGGACCUCCAUCAUCUCAUCGAUGAAAUUCAAAGUUUGGACUUAACAGAAACGGAGCUAACCUUUAUGCUUGCUCAUCUUUGUUUCCAAUAUGUGGCAUCGAGAUACGGUGGAAAAAUGUCCGAAAUAAUGGAACAAUUCCUUGGAAAUUUUGAACAUUCAAAAACCAAUUUUCAUCUACCACUGCAAACCAUGUCGUCUAAAAAAGUGUCGAGCUGUUGGAAUGAGCACAUCAAAUUCCUUUUUCAGAACGACAUCUGGAAAAAUCGGCCACGUGGCGAGCUAGCGGCACUUUUUAACGUCUUCACAGUUCAAUUCUCACAUCCUGACAUGUUUAUAGAUACGGGUCUUGUAUGA